CCGGCUUCACACAGCUGGCUCGCUUUAGCCGACUGGAAGCAGUGCACUGCGCUUACUUGAAAAUGGCUUCGUCCUUUUGGAAAGGCGUUGUUGGUUUAGGAUUGUUCGCCUUGGCCCACGCAGCUUUUUCGGCGGCUCAGCAUCGAUCAUACAUGCGACUGACAGAAAAAGAGAAUGAAACUCUUCCAAUAGAUAUAGUAUUACAGACAUUGUUAGCAUUCGUGGUUACAUGUUGUGGAAUAGUCCACAUCUCGGGUGAGUUUAAAGACAUGGACGCGUCUUCAGAGCUUAAACACAAAACAUUUGACACGUUGAGAAACCACCCAUCUUUCUACCUGUUUAAUCACCGAGGCAGGGUGCUCUUUAGCUCACCCGAGCCGGAGGCUCCUACUGCUUCUCCUCAGGCUUUGCCAUCCAAUCCCCUAAGGCUACGCAAGCUGGAGAACUUUCACUGAGACUAGUUUUGAAAGGGGUUCCUCUUGCUUGUUUUGCCGUCUCUUUUCUUCCUCUGCAUCAGUAAGCUCCUCGGUUGGAAUGAGCAUAUAAACAAGUUUUCCUUUCACUCCUCUCUGUCAAUAUGCUGUACAAAUCUGCAUCUCAGCGUGGUUACUACUUUGAAAUCUAUGGACUGUGCCAACCCCUCACUUUUAUAAUUUUUUUUUUCCGCAGCUAAUACAUUUGUUUUAAAACGUCCGACAAAUACACUGUAUUCAAUCAGGUGGCACACAGAGAAGCGACAAACACCAUUUUUUUCAUGAGGGGCCCAAAUGCCAGCUCCUAUAACCGUUUAGUUUGCCACACGACCUGCUGUGCCGCCAUGUUUAACUAAAGUUUGUUUUUCUCCCACACUCUUUUUCAAAGGACAUAACUACUACGGACCAUUUAAUUUUACUUGUGUUAAAAUGCUAUUUAUGACUGACGGACUACAAAAUAGAUUUUGGUAUGCAAAUAAUGCUAAGGUUAGUAUAAUUACUAAAUUGAUGCCUGGUCUGGGAAGUAAGAAAUAAAGACGUCUAAUAAUGCUAACAAUACUGUGAAUGAGCUGUGGGAAAUUAAUGGUACACCCCUUUUUAUUAUUUUUUUUCUUGGGUGGAUAAAAGUUAUGUUUUUUUUUUUUUUGGUUUGUUUGUUUUAUGUUACAUUGCAUCUGAUUAUUUUUAACAAUAAAAUCAGAGAUUUUAUUGACUAAUUUCAA